GCGAUGAGAGAAGACCGGGUUGUGCGUGCGUGAUCUGCCUUCUGCAAUCUGUAGAUCCCCGGCAGCUCGCACUGAAACACGCACAGACACACAUACACAUUCGCGCGCGCACGCACAGAGGCACACACACACAGACACCGAGCCCGUAGGCAGGAGAUGCAGGAGCGUCACGGACUGCUCUCCACCGACAAGGGCAACACCGAAGCGCUUCUUGGCUCUCCGCAAGCUACGGAAACCCGGGAAGGAUCCCCGAGCGAAGCACGCGCCUCGUCCUGCUGUCCCAUGCCACCAUGCGCGUGCUUUCGCCGCGCGCCGCUCUUCUGUCGGUCUCCUACUCUCAGCUCUUCCUCAUCCUCACCAGCGGCAGCUACCUGGCCUUAUCCUCAGUGGUGGCUCUGGGUGCCAAUAUUAUCUGCAACAAAAUCCCUGGACUGGCCCCCAGACAGCGCGCCAUCUGUCAAAGCCGCCCGGACGCCAUCAUUGUUAUCGGUGAGGGUGCUCAGAUGGGUAUCAAUGAGUGUCAAUACCAGUUCCGUUAUGGCCGAUGGAACUGCUCCGCCCUCGGUGAGAGGACCGUCUUCGGCCAAGAGCUCAGAGUGGGCAGCAAGGAGGCAGCGUUUACUUACGCCAUCACUGCAGCUGGAGUGGCGCACGCAGUCACAGCAGCCUGCAGUCAGGGCAACCUGAGCCACUGUGGCUGUGACCGGGAGAAACAGGGCUACCAGAACCAAGAGGAGGGCUGGAAAUGGGGUGGAUGUUCAGCUGAUGUCAAGUACGGAGUUGAGUUCUCCCGUCGCUUUGUGGAUGCUCGUGAGAUUAAAAAAAACGCCCGCAGACUCAUGAACCUUCACAACAACGAGGCAGGCAGAAAGAUUCUGGAAGAAAGGAUGAAGCUGGAGUGCAAGUGCCAUGGCGUCUCAGGCUCCUGUACCACGAAGACAUGCUGGACGACGCUACCUAAGUUCCGUGAGAUCGGCUAUGUGCUGAAAGAGCGGUAUGGUGCUGCUGUACAGGUGGAGGCAGUGCGAGCCACACGCCUGCGCCAGCCCUCCUUCCUGCGCCUCAAGCAGUCACAUGGCUACAUCAAGCCCACUGACACGGACCUGGUAUAUUUGGAACGCUCCCCUAACUACUGCGAGGAGGACGCAUUGACGGGCAGUACAGGGACGAGGGGCCGUCUCUGUAACCACACCUCACCCCAUCCAGAUGGCUGCAACCUAAUGUGCUGCGGCCGCGGUCACGACACACACCAGUAUACACGCGUGUGGCAGUGUAACUGCAAAUUCCAGUGGUGCUGCUUCGUCAAGUGCAACACCUGUAGUGAAAAAACAGAGGUGUUCACUUGCAAAUGAGAACAAGCGGAAAACAGGCAGAGGGGCACUGAAGCGUGAAGUUAAUAAACUCAGUUUGUCAUGGCUUCGUUUUGCACAUCAGGUACUUGUAAGAGAAAAGGACAAAUAAAAGAGGAGUCUUUUUUGGGGAAAAAAGUACACUGACUGCAGUCUGACAUAUGAGUUCAUGCUAUAUCUGGGACCACACAGAGUGAAAGGAUUUUAUAGCUCAGAGUGUUUAAGGCCAUUGGAGGAAUUUUCUGAGGAUCUGAUAGUGGCUAUGGUUGCAUGAUUAAGUCAGACAAAUAAGCUGAUAAAAAGACAAGAAGCAAUUCUAAAAACUGGAGCUGUUCAAGGCAACAUGUGUGGAUGGAUGGGAGAAAAGACUCAUGAUUUCCUCGACAUAACAUGCUGGAUUACUUCAAAUGUUCAGUCACACUGUAUCUGUUCGAACACUGAAAAAAAAAAAAGACUGACUUUCUCUUCAUCCCUUUUCGGAGAGAGAAAAAACUUAACUGC